CUUUUACAAAACCUUUAAAAACCACCUUGUUCAAACCACUUCAGUAUUUUUACAGCUUUCGUCCAUUUGAAUUCUUAAAAGACGAAAGACGAACAAUAAUUAUUAACAGUUCUCUCCCGUGUGUCCAUUUCGGUAAUCAGUAAUCAAUUUAAAACCACAACGACUUAAUCAAAUUUUGUUGAGUUCUCAGCCAUGUUUUGCCUUCCACACUGAAACGAAUAAAAUUACUUGUUUGUUAUUUGGUCGUUCAGUGUUUGUUUUAUUUUACAUCAUUGCUCUGUCACCGUCUGUGAUUGUUGUUUCCCAAUUUUAUUGAAGGCCUGUUGAACUUUGGACCUCGUGUGCCAUUUUCUAUUCAUCUCUCUAAAGGUGCCUCACUGAAGUUAGUGCUAAACAACCUACCAAGGAGGAUAAAUAUUGUGUUGUUUUAUCACUACUUGUAAAAUGGUCUUGUUUAGCCACACUAAGAAAGAGAACAACCUACUCACCUCAUUUUCUUACAUAUUAUUGAUCUGCUCUGUUAAUGACACAUACUCAUUAAAUUAUGAGGAACUUCAUGAAUUUGAUCAGACCCUAAAUACUACGACCUUGAAGAUAACUGAAACAGAGUUUCAUCAAGCAACAUCACCACUGAAAUCAGCCGAAAACAAAUCUCUUCUGAAUAAGUCUUACAGAGAUAAUAAAGUUGAAGGGCUUGGCCUCAUCCUAAAAAAGAAAGUAGAAAUGCUUCACACUGAAGACACAAAGAAGCUUGAGAUUGUAUUUUUAAUUGAUGCAUCUUCAAGUGUUGGUGACCAAAAUUUCAUCAGUGAACUAAAAUUUAUUAAAAAACUACUUGCUGACUUUUCUAUUUCUGAAAAUGAGACUAGAGCUGCUGUUAUAACAUUUUCUGAUCCAGAUAAAGUGUUUCGCCAUGUGGACCAUAUAUCUGUCCCAUCCUUCGAACUUCACAAAUGCAACAUGCUUCACCAAGACCUUCCUAAUAUUAAAUACUCUGGAGGUUUGACAUAUACUAUAGGAGCACUAAUUGAAGCACAGUCUGUUCUUGAAUGGUCACGCGCUGGAGCUAGAAAAGCCAUCUUCCUGGUUACUGAUGGAUUCUCUAACGGUGGUGAUCCUAUACCAGUUGCUCAAAUCCUAAAGAACAAUGGAACUUUCAUCUUUACUUUUGGAAUUCAAUCAGGCAAUACUGCUGAACUUGAGAACAUAGCAUCCUCACCAAAAGAGGAAUUCUCUUAUUUAGUGGACAGUUUUGAUCAAUUCGAAGCAGUUGGCAGACGUGCACUUCACCAAGAUCUUACUGUUGGUUCUUACCAGUCUUUGAGUGAUGUUUCCCUUUGUCACUUGAUCUGCCCUGAUUCUGAGAAAGAGGAAAAUGGAUGUUGUGACUCACAUGCCCGCUGCUCAUGUGGAACUGGAUCAGGGCAUUAUAGAUGUUUAUGCAAUCCUGGCUACUAUGGUUCGGGAUUAAAGAACUCUUGUUGGCAUUGUCCAAAUGGGACUUAUCAUGAUGGCCAAAGACCAGGAGAUGUAUCUUCAUGUAUAUCAUGUCCAGAUCCAAAUCACAUUACAGUGAUAGGAAAUGCCUCUUCAAAGUCAAGUUGUGUUUGUCAACAAGGAUUUGUUGCUCAAGGGGACUUCUGUAAAGUUAUUACAUGUCCACUCCUAUAUCCACCUGAAAAUGGAUAUUUUGUCAAAGGUGGAAUGUGCCAAAAUGUUUUUAAUGCUGCUUGUGGAAUGAGAUGUAAACCGGGAUACACACUUCAUGGGUCCAGCAUACGUUUGUGUCAGGAAACUGGUACUUGGUCAGGCAAAGCACCAAAAUGUGUUGUGAAAAUGUGUCCAACCCCCGAAAAACCUCAUAAUGGAAGUGUAAGGUGUUCCCUGGAGCCACCAGUGUCUAAUGAUCUCAUGGAUCCAAGAUUUAAAAGAAAUACAACACUUGCCAGUCAAUAUGCAGUUGAUACUGAAUGCCAAUUUACAUGCAAUCCUGGGCACAUCAUUAUUGGAUCAAGAAGACGCACUUGUCUGCCACUAGCAAGAUGGGAUGGCCUACGAACUGUGUGUAAACCUGUUACAUGUCGUCCAUUAACAAAGCCUGUGCAUGGCAAAAUUACUCCUGAAUCUUGCACUGACUCUUCAAAAUUGCCAUUUGGGCAAAAAUGUGAUAUAAGUUGUGACGAAGGCUACAGAUUAGUUGGACCUUUGUCUCGUAAGUGUGCUGGAAAGGGAGGUCUAUGGACAAUGAAAGCUACUCCUAGCAAGUGCAUUGAUGAGCAACCACCUGUUGUGCUUUGUCCUGCCAAUAUUGUAGUUUCAACAGAUUUUGGAGAGGCUUUUGCCACUGUGAUUGUACCUCAACCCACAGUUUAUGAUAACUCUGGAAAGACGCCUAUCACUUGGUCACAACCAACUGUAUCCUCGCCAAUUGCCGUACCAAUUGGGCUUGUUCAAGUAUCCUUUAUAGCUAUGGACCCUAGCCACAAUCAAGCUAUGUGCAAUAUGACAAUCACAGUUCUAGAUAAAGAGCCACCAGUAGUAGACAGCUGCAUUUCACCAGAACCUAUACAUCUUUUUGAGUCAAAAGGCAUCUCGACUGUGAAAUGGAAUGAGCCUGAGUUUCAUGACAACUCAGGAAAAAUUUUCAAGGUGAACACUUCCCCCAUGCUCAAAGAGUUUCCGGUAGGGAAAACUGAAGUCUCAAUCACAGCUUAUGAUGAAUCUGGGAACAACAGUACCUGUGUCCUCGAAGUCAUUGUGGAAGAUAGCGUAUGUAGUCAGAACCCCCCCAACAUUCCAAAUGCGUCAGUUGUCUGCACACAUGAACAGGAGAAAGUCAUUAAUUGCUCCAUGAUAUGCAAAGAAGGAUACGUAUUUGAAAAUAGUUUUGAAGAGACUAAUAAGGCUUUCUUAUCACAAAAUAGUUCUUAUUCUUUUUUAUGCACCGAUGUGCAAAUGCUUGAUCUCCCUCGAUGUGCAGAAGCUGUAUUGCCUAAUAGUGUAUCUCAGAAAGGAGAGGUAGUAUUUAUUGGUGGUGAAGGUGCAUGCAAUAACACUGAAUUAAUUACCAAGUUAAAAUCUGCAGUAGAAUUUGAAUUUUCUAAGAAACUAGAGGAAGUUUGCUUGUCCAGCUCCAACAUAUUAUGUAGCAUUUACAACACCAAUGCAUCAUGUGAAGAAAUUGCAUCUCUUAAGGAAGAGGAAACAAAUAUAAUCCAUCAAGUGAAACGAGAUGUAAAUUCUGACACUAGUAGGUCUGCGCCCUUAAAUUAUCGCCCUUAUCAAAGACUACUGAAACGGGACACAACAUCGUCAUCAUUUCAGGCCAGUAGCAUUAAUGUUCAGUUUGAAGUAGUCGGUCAGCUGCAAAAUACAAUUGAAAAAAAGAUGUUAAAGUCAGAGAUUUUGAGUAACAAUGGUUUUAAUCAGUUAAAGAAGGCUCUGGGUAAAGCCUCAAUUUCAGUUCCUGCAAAUGUGAGGGAAAAAACUUUACAAUGGAAAGGCAAAGGCCCAGUAUUAGUAUGCUCUGAUGGCAGUGUUGUUCACAGUACUGGUAUCUGUGUGAAGUGUCCAACAGGCACCUUCUUUUCAAAUGCUACUCACAAAUGUCUCCCUUGUCCUCUCGGCGAGUAUCAAAAUAUUGAUGGGCAGACAAAAUGUCUUCAGUGUCCUAAGGGCAUGUCCACAAAGUAUGGGGGUUCCCAACAUGUUCAUGAUUGCUUGUAUUUAUGCCAACCAGGAUCAUUUGGACGUAUAUUAAUCUCCAACCCAUCACGAAAUGGAGGUUCUGUUUCUCCAUGUACCCUGUGCCAUCCAGGAACUUACCAACCCAAUUAUGGAGCAACAAGCUGCUUACCCUGUCCAAGUGGACUUCAUCCAUUUAAAAAGGGAUCCAAGAGUGUGAAGGAUUGCUUUCAAUUGUUUGCGAAGAGUGGGAAGGGUGUUUGGCUGCACUCCACAAAUUGUGCUUCUCAUAUGUGUCAGAAUGGUGGAUCAUGUAGGGCCCUGUCACUUGGAUUUGUUACUUGCGACUGUCCAUUCGGCUUUUAUGGUUCAUUUUGUGAAUCUGUUUACUAUCAUUGCAAUUCUAGUCCUUGCUUGAAUGGAGGCCAAUGUGUUCAAAACUAUCCUAUGGGGUAUACCUGCAAGUGUCCUUCUGGAUAUAUUGGCAAAAACUGCGAGGAGGAAAUUGAUGACUGCAGUCCAAAUCCAUGUCUAAACAAUAGUACCUGCGAGGAUCUCAGUGAUGGAUAUUUUUGUGACUGUUCAGAUGGAUUCCGAGGAGCAAACUGUGAAGAGAAUAUUGAUGACUGUGUUAGUAAGCCGUGUGGUGAUAAUGGUCUCUGUGUUGAUGGCAUCUCUAGUUAUACUUGUACUUGUGUUGAUGGAUAUUCUGGUCAAAAUUGUGAGACGGAACCUGUUGACACAUGCCUGGAAAAUAACCCUUGCAUGAAUGGGGCUACAUGUCUUACUACUCCUAAUGGCAUGCACAAAUGCAUUUGUCCAUUUGGAUUUGAAGGAAAUAACUGUGGUAUAAUAGAUAGCUGUUCCUCAUCACCGUGCCUAAAUAAUGGCAUUUGCGUAAAAAAAGGAGUAGGAGGACACAUCUGCAACUGUAAAACAUAUUUCACCGGAGAUGAUUGUGAAACAAGUCUCCUUUCAGAGUUUGUUAUGCAUAUGCAUUCCCCAAGUGUAACAGAUUACGCUAUGGUUGAUUUGCCAUCACAGAAUUUUGACAAGAUUACUGCAUGUAUGUGGCUGCAAUCCAAAGAUGGCUUCAAUUAUGGUACAGCAUUCUCUUAUGCCACCAAGCACCAAUUUAACAUGUUUACAUUAACUGAUUACAAUGGUUUCGUUUUAUAUGUGAAUGGAAAUAAAAUUGUUACCGAUGUUUCUACAAAUGAUGGGUUGUGGCAUCAUGUGUGUGUCACAUGGCAAAGUAAUCUUGGUCUAUGGAGUAUCUACCUUGAUGGUUUUCUCAGCGACUCUGGUGCAAUGUUGUCACCUAACAGUAAAGUGAAUGGUGGUGGAAAGUUUGUUGUAGGGCAGGAGCAAGAUAGUCUUGGCAGCAGUUUCAGUGAAGCUGAGUCACUCAUUGGCAGGAUAUACAGACUGGAUUUGUGGGAUGAAAUUUUAAGUGCAGCAAAAAUCCACCAAAUUGCCAAAGAAUGUCAUCAAAGUUUAGAGGGGUCUCUAAUAAAGUGGACAGACUUCCUGCCUAAUAUUCAUGGUAAUGUUAAGAUCGAAAACUCAACAUUUUGCUUGGAGUGUCCGCAUCCUGAAACUUUGUGGCACGGAACUGUGGCAGUAACCAAUGAUGGUAAUGGAUCUAUUGCAACUUAUGAAUGUGAAAGUGGCUUUGUUAUUCACAAAACAAGUCUGAGAGCUACUAAGAGGCACUGUUUGAAACAAGGUUAUUGGGAGGGUAGUUCCCCAGUGUGCGUGCGACGCAGCUGUGGUUUUCCGGGUAAUUUACCGGGUGGGGUGGUUGUGGGUAACUCGUUCCUUUUCACGGAUAUUGUCACCUAUGCCUGUCAUUUUGGUGCCCAAAUUAUUGGGGACUCUACUCAAACUUGCCAAGCGGAUGGAAAUUGGAGUGGGGUGCCACCUAUUUGCAAAGGUCUUGAGUGCCCAUCAUUAAUUCCUCCCAAAUAUGGAAAAAUCACUGUGGACAGGAAAGUUGGAGGUAUUCGGACUGCUCAGUUUUCAUGUGAAAGUGGGUUCUAUAUUGAUGGAGUUGAAGUUCUUACUUGCAUGUAUGAUGGCACAUGGGAUGAAACAGUUCCUGAUUGCCUUCCUAACAUCUGUCCUUUGCCCCCAAGAAUCCAGCAUGCCAUUCUAAAGCACAAUUUUCUUGAGAAAUUCUCUUUUAUGGACAUAGUUUACUAUGAAUGUGAGAAGGGAUACAUGUUAACUGCUUCCAGUUCUUCUGCCAUAUACUGUAACAAAGAUGGAGAAUGGUGCCCAUUUUUUAAUACUACAACGCAAAACACAAGUGUGAAUUUGCCAAGCUGUGAGGUUCAAAGCUGUGGGAAGCUUGAUGAUAUUCCUAAUGGUAGAUGGCUUCUUAAAAAUGGAACUGCCAUUAAUUCUCAUAAUUAUUCUGGUGACUCUGUUUUGGUUAUGGAAUGUGAAACAAAUUAUGAGAUGUAUGGACCAAAGACCAAGUAUUGUAAAGACAAUGUAUGGUUGCCCUUGGAUAUAACACAGUGUGUUAAAGUUAGUUGUGAUACAGAGGGCCUUCCUUUCGAUGUACCCCACUCUGUCCUUCAUAUUUCUGGGGAAGAAGUUGGAGACUCAGCAACUCUUAGCUGUAAAGAUGGUUAUCAACUCAGUAGAGCAAGCACAGGAGAGAGAUUGAUUGAGGAAUUAUCAGCUGAGAUUGUCCCUAAUAACUCAGUUACAUGGAUGUGCAAUUCUGAGAGUUCUUGGACCAUAAAUACAACUUCUAUGGAUUUUUCAAGCUCUGAAACACUGUUGUUGGCAUGUCUACCUAAAAGAAAAGCGAGUAGCAUCCUGUGCAGUAGACCCAAGGCUCCUUCCUUUGGAUAUUUAUCAACAAAUGAUGCAGAGACAGACAGAGUCGCUGGUACAAUCAUAGCAAUUCAGUGCAGAACUGGAUUUUGGUUAGAUGGUUCAAGAUCAAUUGUUUGUGGAGAAAAUGGACUCUGGCAUGGCUCAGCUGUUUGUAAACCUGUAAAAUGUCGUUCACUACCCCCACAUCAUAAUAUGUUCAUCAUGAGUACUACUGCAGUUGGACAAGAGAUGGAAUUCGGUAACCUGGUGUCAUUUUCAUGUAUUCCUGGAUUUAAAGCACAUGGUGACCUUAGUGUUAGAUGCCAGUCAACUGGCCUCUGGUCGCCAUUAAGAGGUAAAUGCAUAAUGGAGUGAUAAUCUACCACUACAAGUCCUUUGAUAUUGACAGUGGAACCAAAUAUAACAGCAGCAACUGAA